AUGCGGGUUCAAACAUAUUCGCUUUUGUCCUUGGCUGCCGUGGCAUCUGUCCAGGCCGUCGGCGCCAUUUCAACCGAGACUGAAAACAUAACUACCCUACCGGCGAUACCUGUCGUCGCUCCCACCAGCUCUGCGGUUCAGGUUGCUUCAUCUUCUGCCCCCCAGGUCACGCUGUCCCCUAUUGCGUCGCCUUCGGUCCACUCGCAUCAUCAUCAUCAUCACUGGACUUACCCCGGUGGUCCUACUCGCUCGCGCAAAGCAUGCUCGUCAAAGGCCGUGUCUUCAAGCGCUAUUCAGUCUUCCACUCCCUUGGCUCACACCGUGACUCCAUCCGCAAGCGUCUCAUUGCGUCCUAUCCACUCACCGACUCCUUCUUCCUCUGGAGUUGCCAGACCGAGUAACAGCUCCCCUGUUGGACCCAAGCGGCCUUCGGGAAGUGUCUCUGUUUCUGGUCAUCCCGUUCCAACUGGUGGUGCGGGCCAUGGACACGGUGGCCACGGACACCACCCUGGGGGCAAUGGCCACGGUGAGGGCAAUGGCCAUGGCCAUGGUGAGGGCAACGGUAACGGCCACGGUGAAGGCAACGGCUCUGGCGAGGGUAACGGUCACGGCCAUGGUGAGGGUAACGGCCACGGUGAAGGCAACGGCUCUGGCGAGGGUAACGGUCACGGCUCUGGCGAGGGUAACGGUCACGGCUCUGGCGAGGGUAACGGUCACGGCUCUGGUGAGGGCAACGGUCAUGGCUCUGGUGAGGGCAAUGGCCACGGCCACGGCUCCGGCUCUGGCUCCGGCUCUGGCGACUUCACCACUUCUACUGUUUUCAGCACUCGUACUUCCACUAUUACUGCUUGCCCAUCCACAGUCACCAACUGCCCGGCUCGUGAAAAGACCACUUUCGUUACCACCGAGACCAUUGUUGUGUCUACCACCAUCUGCCCUGCUACCGCCGAAGCCACGACUACUUCCGCUCCCACUGGCACUGGCGCAGGCUCUCCUUACGUUACCACCGAGACUGUUCUGACAACUCGCACCGCGACCAUUACCGAGUGCCCUGCAACUGUUACCAACUGCCCCGCACGCGAGAAGACCACUUCAACCACCACUGAGACUCUUGUUGCUGGAACCACCGUGUAUACCGUCACUCCUGCUCAAGCUGUUCCUACUAUCACUGAAGUUGCCGGUGCCGGUGCUACCUCCACUGGAAGCUCUGCAGGUGCCGCUGAGAGCUCGCUCACCACUGAGACUAUCUACACGACUGAGAUUGAGACUGUGUACAAGUGCCCUGCUACCGUCACCGACUGCCCUCUGACUGAGAAGACGGCCCACACUUCAACUCAAACCGUUGCUGUUGGCACAACUGUUUACCCUGUCACCGUUGCUGCCACUGCCACUGGAUCUGUCUCUGGAACCGGAUCAAGCUCAGGUGUCUCGACAUCUGGCUCUGAGUCCAGCUCUGGCUCUGGAUCUACUUCCGGCUCUAUGUCUGGCUCUGGAUCUGAGUCUACCGCUGGCUCUGGGUCUACCUCCGGCUCUACUUCCGGUUCUGGAUCCGAGUCUAACUCGGGCUCUGGAUCAGGUGUCGGUGCAGAGUCCGUCGUCGUCUCACUUAUCGCCGUGCCUACCAAUUCGUUUGUCUCGCCUGUCGGCGCCGGCGCGAUUUCCGCCUCGGCUUUCGCCACGUCUGCCAAACCCUCCGGUAUCCCCUCGGCUUCUCACCACACGGUCACCAAGCCCACUUCCUCUCCUGUUGGCGUGAGUGGCCUUGGCUCCACGACUACAACUUCAAGCGGCCCUGUCUAUACCGGUGGUGCCGUUUUGCAGUCGAGCUACUCGGCUGUGGUUCUUGUCUGCGGACUUGGCGCCGUUCUGUCCUUCAUUCUCUAG